CCUUUGCAGUACAUCAAAAUCAAAUCAAAGUAGUAUCACAAACCCGCAAAGUUCUCCAAGAAAUCUUCUAAAUUACUUCAACCACUGAUCAAUUCAAUGGCAGACAUAAUAUCAAAUGUGUUAAAUGAAAACGAUGACUUUCGCGCUCUCAUACUAUCAGACAACGAGUGCGCUGAGGAACUUCAAUACCAAGAGGUUCUUGCAGCCUCUUUAGAAAUCUUCAAUCUUCACAUGUCAACAACACAAAUCGAAGAAUCCCCUGAAUCAUCCCAAGGUUUUUGUGAAAUUUGUAUGGAGACAAAAGCUACAAAUGAAAUGUUCAAACUCGAAAAUUGUUCUCAUCACUCAUUCUGUACUGAUUGCAUAGCCCAAUAUGUCCAGUUCAUGAUUCAAGACCAUAUUUUCUCAGUAACUUGCCCUGGUUUGAAAUGUUGCGCGACUAUUGAACCUGUUUCUUGUAAAUCCAUCAUCCCUGAAAAUGUAUUCGAAAAAUGGGAAGACGGAUUGAGUGAGUCUGCUCUUCUUGAUUGCGAAAAGUUUUACUGUCCUUACAAAGAUUGUUCAGAGCUGCUGAUUUAUGAUCAAGAUCAAGGCAUAAUUGAGUGUAUAUGUCCUGUAUGCCACAGGCUGCUAUGCGCGGCGUGUGGCGUCCCUUGGCAUACUGGACUUGAUUGUGACAAGUUUCAAAAUGAUGAAAAAAACAGAGAAGAUGAUUUAAAAGUUGAGGAACUUGCUAGCAGCUCAAAAUGGAUGAAAUGCCCUCACUGCAAACAUAUUGUGCAGAAAGCUGAUGGUUGUAUACACAUAACCUGCUGGUGUGGAUCUCAAUUUUGCUAUAUAUGUGGAGAAACAUGGAGUGAAAGCCAUUGGAGAUGUCAAAUUAGUGAAUGAUACCAGAUUGCUUCUAAAGAACUAGGAAGAAUGAUAAAAGGGUAAAUAAUUGACCUGAUUUUAAAAAUUAAAAAUAACACUCCACGCACAUUUAAGAUAAAUAUCAAGUUAUAAACAUACUUUUUGAUAAUAAACUACUUAUAGCAUAUUAUUAUCAAGUUAUAGCAUAUCAAGAAAAAAAAAUAUUAUUCUCAUUAAUUAUUUAAAUAAUAAUUUAUUUAUUUAAAUAAUUACAUUUAUUACUCAGUUACCUUUUCUAAAUCAAUCUAUUUAAUUGAAUUAAUUUUUUAAGUUACCUUUUUUAAACCAAAUUAUUUAAUUACAUUAUUUUUUUUUAAGUUACCUUUUUUAAACAAAACUCUUUAACUAUUAUAAAUUAAAUUAAACAUUAUAUAGUUAUCUUUUUAAAAAAAAUUACAAAAUAAUAGGGAUUUUAUCAUUCCAUAAUAACUAUCCACUACUAUCUAAACCAAUACCAGUUUUUGUUUAAAACCGUCACACGCUAUAUUUAACAUUUUGUCUCAAACAAAAACUCAACCUUCAUCUGCAAAAGAAAAAUCUAGAACAGAAAAAAUCAAAAAUGAAAAAAAAAAAACAAAGAGCCAAAGGAAACCGAGAAGAAGAGAAAAGGGAAAGAAAAGCAAACUGUAGGUGAAUCUUGAAAGAAGGGUGGACCUCGAACUCAUAAAGAACAAGUUAUGGACACCGCCAAUUAUCCUACUCCAAAAUUCCGUAACAGAAAGUAGAAAUUUUCAUCGCACACUGUACAUUUUUUUGAAUGACAUGUUUUUUUAACUUAUGAACUAUAUAUGUAAUUUUUCAGUUUUUUAUUAUGAAUACUGAUGGUUUUAUAUAAAUUAUCAAUGAAUAUUACUAAUUAUUAAA